AUGGAUUCUAGUUCUAGCGGGCAAAAUGAUCCAAUAAAUACAACUGAUUCCAAUCAAAGUGAACAAGAAACUGCAACAAGUUCAAAAUCAAAAGUGAAAAGAAAGCCAGUCAUGCCAAGGUCUACAGUUUGGGAUCACUUCACCAAGUUUAAAACUGAUGAUGGUGACACCAAAGGCAAGUGUAAUUAUUGUAAUAAAGAAUUUUGUUGUGAUCCCAAGAGAAAUGGAACCACUGCACUUAGGAAUCAUAUGAAUAUUUGCAAAAAGCAUCCACAUGCCAUUGAGACUAGGCAAGCACUAUUGGAUUUGCAACCAAAUUCAAACAAUGUAAAGGGUGAAGUAGGCACACUUCUACUUGGAAAUAUGAUGAAAAUGAAAUUAGGGAGGCUCUUGUUUUCAUGA